GAUAAGCGAUGGGACAGCAGAUUCCACAUCACUCAUGACAGCAUUGAAUGUUGAGGCACUUGCAAGAGAUGAUUGUUUUGUAUUGGUCGAAUGUAUGCAUCGAGAAACAUUUAAAUUGAUAGGAGAAAGUGAUUCGAUUAAGAAUUGUCAAGAAGAUUAUAUUCAAGCACUAAUGCGACCAUCUUUCAUGAGCGGAAAUGUAUUUACGCCUGGUCAUUUAGAUACUAUGCUUUGUCAAUGUUUUUAUAACCGCCACAUUCCUGUGAUUUUAAAACGUUUAAUAUUCAGUCAUGAUGGAAAUGAUGAAAAUUUAACACCAAAGGUUGGAAUGCAGCAAGACGGUAUUAAUUUUUGGGCUAAUAUGGGACUUAAUUCAGGUCAUGUAUUUCAAGUUGAAGUCCCAUCUCUAUAUAUAGGUCAAAAAUAUCAAACGCUCUACAGACACCUAGUUAGAGCGCAUAAAGCCAUACCACUUGGAUUAUACCGACAUGCUGCAUAUAAUAAUCAAGGAUUCCGAUAUGUUUACGUUAAUCCUGAUAAAAAAUGUAUUCUAAAGGAAAAUGAUCUGAUGUAUAUUAUUGCUUCAAAUUUACCAUGUUUUGAUAAUGGUACUACUGUCGUUCAUGAAGAGUAA